AUGCCACAAACCGACGAACGUCCCUCAUUAAACCCUACCGUCGAGGAGGCAAACGAAGAACUCCAUGCAGAACCCCAUACGACUGAAAGUACCGCCCCGCGCAAUCAAAUAUCAUGGCCGGAGAUCUGCGCCCAACAUGAGUCCGUUCUGUCGUUACAUCUGGAAAUGUUGAAUACGGUGCGAAACAAUGCGUCUAAUGGUGACGCGUUGCAAAUGGUUGCUGGGAUGAUUGAGAAGACGAAUAGGUUGAUGACGCAGUUUCGCGUGGUGAAGAAACAGUUGGCAACAGAUUUCGAGUACGUAUUGUGUUCUGAAGAAUCGUUGCUACCGUUGCAUGAAGGUAACCGUGUGACAGAACCAGGAAAUUUUGGGGCGUCUUCAGAAAAGCCAACUGCUACACCGACGUCUACGUCAUCUAGUCGCGACUCGUCAAAACGACGACGCAGCCAUUCAAAGGAGCGGAGGAAACGGUCACGAAUGGAAACGGACAGUAUGGAGGUGGAAAAUGAAAGUACAGAUACCAUGCCUAUCGGGGCAGUUCAAUAUCAGAAGCGCAAACGACUGGACACGAUGAUGUCGGCUGAUGAUGAAGAUGUGAGGAAUGUAACGCCGGUGGCUUUGGAAACAGAGGACAUCUCCGAAGAAGUCCAGCGUCGACUGGAAAUCAAAGAAGAGCAAAGAAGGAAAAGGAGCUCUAAGCCGGAGAAGAGGAAACGCGACAGUAUGGCGUCAACAGGUAGUACUUCUUCCCCCAACGGUAUUUCAAAACCGAAGAAAAAGACCAAAACCGAGAGGCCUCAGGGCGGUAUUAUUGAUGUACCAUGGGACACUGGCAGGAAGAAGAAAAUUUUGAAGCCAUUUGACUCUGAGCAAGGGUCUGACGUCGGUUCUUUGGAAGAACAACGAAGAACAAAGCGCCAGAAGCGUAAGUCGGGGACUCCUCCUGUCCUGUGA